CCCAACUACUUCGACGCCAAGUUGAUUCCUCCCCCUUAAAUUGGCGGGGAGCGACGGUCGCUGCCCCCGCCAAAUUGCAGCUCCAGCUCCAUUCUCCCCUUAGGGUAAAAUCCUCACACUAUCUCUCCAUCUCGAUCACCCCGAUCCCCAACCCAUGGCCGUCGAAACAGCGAUGGUCGUCAUCCUCGACCACCACAAACCCCACGAACCCGCCGCCGACUGCGGCUUCUCGGCGUUCUUCGACGAAGAAGAAGAGGAACAGCUUCUUUUGGAGGCCCUUGAUGCAGAGCUGGCUCAGGAGCUCCAGUUCCAGGAAGCUCUCCGGGCGUCGCUAAUCACAAGCAGCUCUGACUCUUCCCUCGCCGCCGCCGCCGACGAAACGGAAACGGCGCCGUCUUCACCAACUGCGCCGCCGGCAGAAAAUCAGAUCCCGUCGGGCCCAUAUCCCGAUUUCCAGGCGGGAGUUAAGCGGGAGGCAGGGGAAUCGUCCCUGUCUUUCUGCGAGAUUUGCAGGGAGAGGAAGGAAGACCAUCAGGUGGUGAGGAACGUCUACGACGAGAAUGGCGGCUGCAGCUGCGUUUGCUUUGACUGCAUAAAUGUCAACGCCGGCGGGGAGCGGGUCAACAACGGGUACUACGAGAAGAAGGGAAAGACGAAGAAGCCCAACAAGAAGAAACUGGUGGCUAAUCGUAAUUAUAAUAAGGAUCAUCAAUCUGGCGCCAGCAGCAAUCGCAGACAUUUCCCCGCCAAUCGCCCGCCGCCGCCGCCACGUGUCAGUUCACCGUCUGUCUAUGAAGUGGAACUGAAAGAGAAGCUGAGGAUGGCAAAGGAGGAAACCAGAGUGCUAAGGGAAAAAAUCCAAUUGCAGCAUCAAGAGAGCAAGGAAGCGAUGGAUUUCCAAGAGCAGUUCUUCAAGGAACAAAUCAAGAGAAUUCUGGAGGGAAGAGUUGAUGACGAUGAUGGUGGAAAGGAAGAGAAGAAGGAAGAAGUUGCUGCAGAUUGCAAUUCUGUUGAACCCAAACCCGAAUCUCUGCCCACUAAGCAUCUGAACAAAGGAAUGCAAAGGAUCAUGGAAGAGAUUGAGAAGACGAGGAUUAACAAAUGGGAGGCUGCAGAUCAUAAGUCAUCUCCAUCUCACUAGUCACUAGAAGUAGCUGUAGCUAGCUACUGGAGCAAUGCUCUCCCUUCAAGAUUAGCAGAUCGGUGAUGUUUUGGUUGUUGGUUAUUGGUUUCGUAAAUAGAAUCUUCAAAUGGAGAUGGUGAUCAAUCUUUCCAUCUCAUCCUCUUAAGAGAGAAACUUGCCCUUCAUUAGGAGAUCGUUAAUCUAUGUUAAUUUGGAAUUUUUGGCUAUUAUGUCUUGGAUUUUUAGGAAAGCAUGUCCUUUUGGAAAUGAUGGAAUUUUGUGAUGUAAGUUGAUAAAAAUGCCAAAAAUUUACAAGUGAAGCCCAUUUCCAAGUGAAGUCGGUCGUAGGCAAGAUAUGUCAAUAAGAUUUAUAAUUAAUCUUCUAAUUAUAUAAUUCGAGUUAUUGGAAUACAAUAGUUUAAUUCGAGUUAUUGGAAUACAAUAGUUUGGUCAAAUGAUAGGACU